CAUUCCGCCCAUAAAAAAUUUGUAACCAUUUCUAUGUAUAAAAACUUCAAAAUCAUAAGGCUUUCAGCUUUGUUUCCCUUCCCAUUGUGUUGGUGAAGUACCAUUAAUACUCGGUAUUACCAAAUUGGUUGAGUCACAAGCAAUACAAUUACAAUUUACCACAACAAAACAAAACAAACAAACCCCAAAAAACAAGAAGAAGAAAACAACAGGGAAAUCAGGAAAGAAAAUACACUUUGUAUUACAGAAACAAAGAGAAAGAGAAAGAGAAAGAGAUCACAUCUGAGAUAUUUGAGGCAAUGAAUAAGAAAAUCACAUCACCAUCAUCAUCAACAACAACAACAACAAAGCCCACAGGCACAGUUUUGCCAUACCAAACCCCAAGACUAAGGGACCACUAUUUGUUAGGCAAGAAGCUUGGGCAAGGUCAAUUUGGCACCACUUAUCUAUGUACCCACAAAGCUACUGGCUUCCUUUACGCUUGCAAGUCAAUCCCAAAGCGCAAACUUUUAUGCCGUGAAGAUUAUGAUGACGUUUGGAGAGAGAUUCAGAUCAUGCAUCAUUUGUCUGAGCACGGAAGUGUGGUGCAGAUCAAGGGUACUUUUGAAGAUUCUGUGUUUGUUCACUUGGUUAUGGAGCUUUGUGCAGGUGGGGAACUUUUUGACAGGAUUGUGGCUAAGGGUCAUUAUAGUGAAAGAGAGGCUGCUAAGCUUAUCAAAACUAUUGUUGGUGUUGUGGAGGCUUGUCAUUCUCUUGGGGUUAUGCAUAGAGAUCUCAAGCCUGAGAAUUUCUUGUUUGAUACUCCUGGUGAUGAUGCCGUUCUUAAGGCUACAGAUUUUGGUUUGUCUAUCUUCUAUAAGCCAGGACAAUAUUUUUCUGAUGUUGUUGGGAGUCCCUAUUAUGUUGCACCGGAGGUUUUGUGCAAGCACUAUGGACCAGAAAUAGAUAUAUGGAGUGCUGGUGUUAUCCUUUACAUCUUGUUGAGUGGGGUUCCACCAUUUUGGGCAGAAACUGAAUCAGGAAUCUUCAGACAGAUUUUACAUGGAAAAAUUGAUUUUGUAUCUGAGCCGUGGCCUAGUAUCUCUGAAAGUGCAAAAGAUCUAAUACGAAAGAUGCUUGAGAGGCACCCGAGGCAAAGAAUUUCUGCCCAUGAAGUCCUAUGUCACCCAUGGAUUGUUGAUGAUAGAGUUGCCCCAGACAAACCUCUGGAUUCUGCUGUUUUAUCGCGCCUGAAGCAGUUCUCAGCAAUGAACAAACUUAAAAAGAUGGCCUUGCGUGUCAUAGCAGAAAGACUCUCCGAGGAAGAAAUUGGUGGUCUGAAAGAGUUGUUCAAAAUGAUUGACACAGACAAUAGUGGGACAAUAACGUUUCAGGAACUCAAAGACGGUUUAAAGAAAGUGGGAUCUGAACUAAUGGAAUCGGAAAUCAAGUCUCUAAUGGAAGCUGCUGAUAUAGACAACAGUGGGACAAUUGACUAUGGUGAAUUCCUCGCUGCUACACUGCACAUAAAUAAGAUGGAGAGAGAGGAGAACUUAGUUGCUGCUUUCUCCUUUUUUGACAAAGAUGGUAGUGGUUACAUCACCAUAGAUGAACUUCAACAUGCUUGCAAAGAGUUUGGUCUAGAUGAUGUUCAUCUGGAAGAGAUGAUGAAAGAAAUCGACCAAGAUAAUGAUGGGCGAAUAGAUUAUGGGGAGUUUGCAGCAAUGAUGAGAAAGGGUGAUGGGAUUGGAAGAAGCAGAACCAUGAGAAGCAACCUGAACUUCAAUAUAGCUGAUGCCUUUGGAGUGAAAGACCCAACAUGUGAUGCUAAAUGAAAAUCAAUCUCCUUGUGUAGCUAGCAACAUCUUGUCACACUUAAAUCGAAGGUUAAUGAUACUGACGUUUCGUUUGAGUUGCCUAGGGUAUCUAUGGUUCUUUAGGUUGAUGAUUGGAUUUUAUUCAAAUUUAUAUAUUUUAUUUAGGAACGUGACGUUUUCGUCUUAUCCUUAAUGGUUGCUGGAAAUGACAUAACUGCUAUGGCAUUUGGUAGAAUAAAUAUUUUCAGUCUCCACUAAUUUUCAGCAUGAGGCAAUAUAUGGUGGGAAUGCCAUGACAUGCUGUUUGACAAAGUGAUAAUUGAAGACCCGAUGUUUCAUCCUGAAAUAAGAAACAGGAUUAGUACUAGCAUAUAUGGCACCAAAUUUAUCAAAGAGAUGAAUUGGAGGAGAGGAUUGUAAGAUACGUAGUUCAGGCAGGAGCUUGUUUAUCUAAACUAACUCAGCAGCAGUGUUAGCUAUUGCCCUAUAUAUUCAGCUUUAAAUGAAGAUUUGGCACCAGUUCUCUGCUUGGUUGGUUGAUUUCCAAGAGAUAGAAUUGCCUCCAAGAUAGAUAUUGUAAGCAGCAGUGGUAGAGAUUUUAUAUCUAAGUUUCUUCCUUAAUCAGCAUCACUAAGAUGAUUUUUUUUUUAUAACAAAUUAACCAGGAAUAGUAGUGCCUUAAAAUUCCUAAGGGUUGAAGCAUGCAUCUGCUGAGACGGGUUAUUAAUGGCAUGAGUUAUGUCUUGUUCAUCUUGUCUAGUAAUGAAGAAGUAUUGUAGAGAACCAAUUAGUUUCUGAAUGCAAUUGCAUCAGCUGGUCCAGAGCCGUAUCUUUCAGUUGCAUUUUAAUACCAGAUGCCAUUGGCUUCGCUU